GUGAGAGCAGGGCGCAUAGCCAGGCAUUUCACACCUGCAAGAGUCCUGCAGGUAGAGCGGAAAGGCAAACGGGGCACCCCCUUGAGAGGGCACACUCUUUUGCUUUCUGUUCGCUUGCCUGCAGCUAGAGAGCAUAUUCAUUAUAUCUUGCACCCGAUUUCCUCCUUGAUGGCCAGUCACAUAGAUUCUUCUAGACUAGCAGCUACUUCUCUGAGGGGUUUGUUAUUGUUUUGCGGUUAAGAGGGAAGAGAUCAGUGAAAAUUCUCUCUGGUAAGUGGAGGGUUCUCAGCGAUGAGGAGAGGAAGACUUCAAAGCCGAAGGGGAAAGCAGCCUUCGCUGGUCCCCACGUCUCGCGGUACCCCUACUCCAUACGCGUGACCUCCUUUGGAGACCCCAGGUGGCACAUCAGUAUUUGAUCUGCUCCUCUCCAGACUGCUGUGGGCGUUCGGUCACACACCACCCAGCUGCUGAAGCCGGAGCCCAGCCCCGCAGGCGACUUUGGAAGGACCACCUCCGUGCUCGCCCCCUGCUCGGGCUGCUUGUGUUUCCGGGCCCCCGGGGCGAGGCGCCCACCAUGCUCGGUUGCCCACGGCUGGCGCUGCUCUGCGCGCUGCCCUGGCUCCUGCGGGCGGCGGUCCCCGGCCACCCCGGAGAGCCCUUUGCCCAGUCCACAGAGCUGCUCCGUGAUCCCCGCGACCCCGCCAGGGCCGCCGACUUUGAUCAUGUCUACAACGGGGUGGUGAACCUCAGCACCGAGCACAUCUACUCCUUCAACCACACCACCCACCCUGGCCAGGUGACAGCAGUGCGGGUGCACGUGAACAGCUCCUCCGAGAACCUGGACUACCCAGUCCUCGUCGUGGUCCGCCAGCAGAAAGCGGUGCUGUCCUGGCAGGUUCCUCUGCUCUUCCAAGGACUAUACCAGCGGAGCUACAACUACCAGGAAGUCAGCCGCACUCUUUGUCCAUCGAAAGCAACCAAUGAGACGGGCCCUCUGCAGCAACUGAUCUUCGUAGACGUAGCAUCCAUGGCUCCCCACGGUGCCCACUACCAGCUGCUGGUCACCAAAAUCAAACACUUCCAGCUCCGGACGAAUGUCGCCUUCCACUUCACUGCCAGCCCCUCUCAACCUCAGUAUUUUCUCUACAAAUUUCCUGAAGACGUGGACUCCGUUAUCAUUAAGGUGGCGUCUGAGAAGGCUUAUCCUUGUUCAGUUGUCUCGGUUCAGAACAUCAUGUGUCCAGUGUACGAUCUGGACUACGACGUGGAAUUCAAUGGUGUCUAUCAGUCCAUGACCAAGAAAGCUGCCAUCACGCUACAGGUGAGACAUUGUUUGUGUCAGUUAGUGCUCCUAAAAUGCAACCAACCAAGGGCCAGUCUGAGAGUCUUAGCCGGAGGGAGCCCGGAGGUGUCAGAUGGCUUUUGCUCCAGCUGUUGUUCAGCGGUCAGAGCGGAUUCUGGUUGUCGUAUAGCACAGCCAUUCUGGGUGGAGGAAAAUGAAAAUCAGACCUGGAAUCUACAACGAUCAAAGAACCUGGAAGUGACCAUUGUCCCAUCUAUCGAAGGAUCUGUGUAUGUGAAAUCCAGUCUCUUCAGUGUCUUCAUCUUCUUGGGUUUCUAUAUGGGAUACCUGCUCGCUGUCUUAUUUCAUCAUGUCAGGUUCCAGAGGAAAUCCAUUGAUGGGAGUUUUGGUUCCAGUGAUGGAAAUAUGGCUGUGUCACAUCCCAUCACUGCCAGCACACCGGAAGGGAGCAACUAUGGGGCAAUCGAUGAGUCGAGUUCCAGUCCCGGAAGACAGAUGUCUCCCUCCGAUGGCGGGCAGCCGUGCCACUCAGACACGGACAGCUCCGUGGAGGAGAGUGACUUCGACACCAUGCCAGACAUUGAAAGCGACAAAAACAUCAUCCGGACCAAGAUAUUCCUGUACCUGUCGGAUCUGUCCAGGAAGGAUCGGAGAAUUGUCAGCAAAAAGUCGAAGAUUUAUUUUUGGAACAUCAUCACCAUCGCCGUGUUUUACGCACUGCCCGUGAUGCAGCUUGUUAUCACCUACCAGACGGUGGUAAAUGUCACUGGCAACCAGGACAUCUGUUACUACAACUUCCUCUGUGCCCACCCCUGGGGCGUCCUGAGUGCCUUCAAUAAUAUCCUCAGUAACCUGGGCCACGUGCUCCUGGGCUUUCUCUUCCUGCUGAUAGUGCUGCGCCGGGACCUCCUCCAUCGAAAAGCCCUGGAAGCGAAAGACAUCUUUGCCAUGGAGUACGGGAUUCCCAAACACUUCGGUCUCUUCUAUGCCAUGGGCAUUGCGCUGAUGAUGGAGGGCGUCCUCAGUGCUUGCUACCAUGUCUGUCCGAAUUACUCCAACUUCCAGUUCGACACUUCCUUCAUGUACAUGAUUGCGGGCCUCUGCAUGCUGAAGCUCUAUCAGGCCCGCCACCCAGACAUCAACGCCAGCGCCUACUCUGCCUACGCCUCCUUCGCGGCGGUCAUCACACUUACGGUCCUCGGAGUGGUGUUUGGAAAAAACGAUGUGUGGUUCUGGAUCAUCUUCUCUGCAGUCCAUAUCCUUGCUUCUCUGGCCCUCAGCACCCAGAUCUACUACAUGGGCCGUUUCAAGAUAGAUGUGUCUGACACAGAUCUGGGGAUCUUCCGGAGGGCUGUUAUGGUGUUCUACAUGGACUGUGUCCAGCAGUGCAGCAGACCUCUGUAUAUGGACAGGAUGGUGCUGCUCAUUGUAGGGAAUCUGGUUAACUGGUCCUUUGCCUUCUUUGGACUGUUCUGCCGGCCCAGGGACUUUGCAUCCUACAUGCUGGGCAUCUUCAUCUUCAACCUGCUGCUGUACCUGGCUUUUUACAUCAUCAUGAAGCUCCGCAGCUCCGAAAAGAUCCUCCCGUUACCACUCUUCUGCAUCGUGGCCACCGCGGUGGUGUGGGCUGCGGCCCUGUACUUUUUCUUUCAGAACCUCAGCAGCUGGGAGGGAACCCCAGCAGAAUCCCGGGAGAAGAACCAAGAGUGUGUGCUGCUGGACUUCUUUGAUGACCACGACAUCUGGCACUUCCUCUCUGCCACGGCCCUGUUCUUCUCCUUCCUAGUGUUGCUGACCCUGGAUGAUGACCUGGAUGUGGUUCGCCGAGACCAGAUCCCUGUCUUCUGAGCCUCCAGCAUCACAGGGCGAGAAGGCCCAGUUCACUUUGGUGCUGUUUCGUGGGAAAUAUGACCACAGCAGCAUGUCCACUGCCAGACACUCCACUGGUCUCUGGGGAGUCAACCGUGUCUGCAUUCACACAGGAAGGCUCAAACUUGGGGUGAGCUGCACCCCGAGAAGAAUGGGAGAAUGGAAGGCCUGCUGUGCGCAGAGGCAAAGCCAGGAGGCUCAGGAAUCUCUGUCUGCAAUUUAGAGUUCAGUCUGGACACAAGCUGCAUCAGGCCCGCUUGCUGCCUCGGCCGCUUCCAUCCUCACUGAUUGGCUGGAAAACUAGCUACUUGUACCUCCCACCUAGAAUCUCUGGUGUGGCCACUGCCACCCCUGUAAAGCCUAAAGCACCGUCUCACUUCCCCCGGAACCUCUGAGGGUGUGAUCCUCAGAUAAGGUGCAGAAAUGGGACCAAGUCCCCACCCAACUGAGACAGACCUUCUGGUAACUCAAGUAUUCAGAAGGAAUGCUGAACAACCCACCCAGGUUCCUGGCACUACUGGAAAUGCUCAGGAUGGGACUUUGCCACCAGCACUUCUGAGCGAAUGGACAAUGCUGGCCCCAAGGUCUGGGGAUCACCGAUUUCCAAGUGUCUUCAUCUUACCACUGGAGGGUGACCCAGCACACUGGUGCGGCCUUCUCAGAAGGGCCCCCUUUCUCCGUAGACUUCUACCAGUUCCAAGAUGGAUAAGGAAGGGAGGGAACUACAGCAGAAGCGAGAUCAGUGACAGACUGUGCUAGGUGCCUGAGCAUUGGGCAGGCAGCUCUCCUCAGCUUAAGGAGUCUGGAUCCUGGAGCAAAUUCAACAAAGCAACAGGGCCUGGUGUCCUCUCAUGCACAGCUCAACCUGUGUCUGUGUGCCCUUUGCAGGGAAAUGACUUGUUCCCAGCAAUGUUACCCUGGAGUCCUCCACCCCUGAGCCUCCUGCCUGUCACUUAUGUAGAUGUCACUCAGGAUGGACACAUGUUCCUCCCCCGCUUGGGUUGCAGCGAUCAGAGCUGAUCCGGUCACCUAACACUGCAUCUCUCUAAGAUGUAGAAGGCUCAGCGUUCUAGUUCCCUUCUCUCACAUCGUCUGGCAAACCCCGUGAGAAGCCCCAUUUAACCGGGCUUCCUGGUUGUCUGGAGUAUGGUGUUAUCAGAAAAUAGGCACACCUGCCUAUUUGCUUGUGAAACUGAAGUCUCUCCUCAUCCGUGCGUUCUUGAUCACUUAUUAAGGAAGCGAAUCGGGCAUUCCUCUUUUUAAAGGUUGUUAUUCUUUAUCUCAACUAUCUGCAUACUGUUCAAACAUGUGCUUUGAAAGUUCAAAUGGCAAGGUUCUCUUGAUUUUAAAAAGGAAAGAUAAUUUCCAUGAA